CGUUUAUUCACGGCUUUACCUGCACCCACUCCUUUAAUAGUAAACAAAACUCAAAAUUUUGAGCAAAAAAUAUCAUUUUUUUAGCAACUUAGUUCAAUUAAGAACCCUGAACAGUCAAAUAUGAUGGAAAGAACAAAAAAUUCAGCUGAAGGAUUUUGGGAAAAUGAAAGAGUUCACCCUUCUCAACAAAAUGAGUACCCCCAUACUCAAGAAAUAUUCAGAUUACAGAGUUUCUACCUGUCAACUCAAGUUAGAAACCAGUGGAAACAAAGCUUCAACUGUGAAGGAAGCGAGGCUUCGAAAACAAAACAGGAAAGUUUCAAGCUCUCAUUUUUUAGAGUUUUUCAAGUGUUGCCUUUUAUUUAACUCACACAUGGACAUGGUAUGCUUUGGAUGUCUUGACACCAUUAGGAAAUUAGAAGAAUGUUGAAAUAUUGACACCACUGAGUUGUAUUGACCUUAUCAUUUUGUUACAGUUGAGCAUAGGCUAGUGAAUAUAUGUAAUCAAAUAUUAGUUUUUAUUCUCCAUCCUCAGUUUGAGAAGCAGGCAAGAUCCUAUUAUUCUAUCAGUUUCUUUCUAUUUUUUUAAAACAAUGUCUAAAUCUACUUUUCAUUUUUGUUACUGUGGUUAUUCUCAGUCAUUGAGUCCUCUUUGUUGUUCUACUAAAACUACUGUCCAGGUUACACUGUCUUAUACCCGAACGUAGGGGAUUGCCUGAGAUGUAUUAGAAGAAACUGUGAAAUGAAAUGUAAACUGCGGCAAGCAGUGAUGAUAAAACUCUUUAAUUUUAAUUUUUCUUGCUAUGAUGUUAGUUCUACUCAGGCUUGUCAAUAGCGCGCUAUAGCGGCGCAAUAGCGCUAUAGCGUAGUGCCCUGGGGGUUCACUGCUACUCCACUAUUUGCCGCUAUAGCGCUCGAAAUAGCAUUUUUUGGGCUUACCGCUACGCUACGCUAUCCACCAUUCUACUAUUGUCUGCGUAAAGAAUUUUGAGUUCUGGACUGCAACUCUGCAAGGUUAUUUUUUAGCUGCCCUGCCAAUCAUGAAAGCCCUGCGUGUUUUUUUUAUCGGCCAAUUUUUUUGUCGUUUUCUAUAUUUUCGGGGAGGUUUUUUUUUUCCUCUGCAGGGAUCGAGCCCUGCACCUGCACCUACAUGUCCCUCAACUCUUACAACUUCAGCAAUCAUUCGGGGACAUCUGCGUGAAACUGGCUUCUGCAUUGCAUUUGCAGAAUAGUAUAUUUUAGUGUUUUGUACAAGUAAUGAUAGCUCUAUAUUAUUCUAUCCUGGAUUGAGCUUUAUUUUUCAUGUUGAUCCUUGCUGCAUCCUUUCAAAUCAUCAUAGUUUUUUUAUUGAAAAACUUUAUCUAUAAUAUUGGGUGAGGCUAAAAAAUUAGUAGAUUCGAGUGUGAGCAAAGUUUAAGCCCAAUAAUAACUUGCAUUGAUAGUGGGCUUAAACUCAAUAUCCUGCUGAUAUAUAAAGUGACAAGAGUUUUGGGUUUUCACCAAUGUGAGAUCUCUGCCAACAAUUUGGGUGGAGAGUUGAAAUGGUGAGUCCAUAUAUGGAUGGUUGAUGUUUUGUUUCUCAUUUGAGUGAUACUAUUCAAUGCUAAUGCCUACACCUUGUAUAGGGAUCCUGAGUUGGUAUGAAAGAUGAAAGGGGCAUAUUAUAUACCGAGGGAGCUCAAUCAAUUUAACCUUAUGCUUCUAGGUUUUGACUAGCCCAAUGGUUGACCUUUGGAUCCCUACACGAGCUCUUACGUUGAAAGUUAUCGGAAUUUGGUGGCACUUUAUUGGAAGAGGGUAUCCUAUCUUUCUGUACCGAACCCUCAAAAAUGAUGUUGACAAGUGCGAGAAGUCUCAAACCCUAGCUCUUCUGCAGAUUCGCCGCUUCUCUUUCGCCUGGGAUCUACUUCUCAGUAUUGUACUCGCUAAGAUGGAAUCUAACAAAUACCAGGCAGUUGAAUCGGGGAACUAUAGCCCAGUCUAUGGUAUCAAAAUUUUGGUUGUGGAUCCUCACCCAAUGCGUCUUCAAAUUGUAUCAAGCAUACUCUGUUCCCUUGGACAUGAAGUUCUGGCUGCUACUCAUACUUCUGAUGUAUUACCCAUUCUUGAGGGCACGAGGAAUACGAUUAACCUUGUACUUGUAGAGGCUCACUUGCCUAGCAUGGAAAUAUAUGAGCUCUCACAAAGGAUAGAUAGAUCUUAUCCUAUAUGUCUAUUUCUGACUGCUAAUGAUGCUCAGCUUUUGGCUUCUCACACAAGAGCGCUUCGUAAGGAAGCUAGUGUGUCUCAACUUAUUGGAGAUCAGGUUUCUGAUCUAAGGGGCCUGUGGAGAUUCUCAUUGUGUGAUGGACCGUGCUGUGGGGGAGACAAAGUCCUGAAAUUGAACAGGUAUACCUGGACUGAUGAUAUACGAAACAUUUUCUUGGAAGCUAUUGAAUCAUCAGCACUCAGUGCUCCUCCCAAUGUGCCACAGCUUAGAGAGGAUAUGGCUUCAAGCUAUUAUCAGCAAGCUGGUGAUGAAACUCUGCCGAACUGGAAUGGAUGUUCAUGCUCUUCAAAUUCGAGAUCACACCAACUAUGCCCUCUGUUCUUAAACGAGCCAGGUGUGCCCAACAAACAGAAGUUUCUCUGUAAUUGCUUGUCUCAGGAGCAAAAUCAGAGGCGUCUGCUGCGUAAUAAUCUGCAAGGUGUUGCUGCACACACCACAUCUGACUUUGGUGCAUUCAUGAACAAUGGUAAUGGGGAUGCAUCACAAGACAUCACUGGAGUUGGAGAUAACAUUGAUGGAAAAACUCUCGAAGAGGAUUCAUUUCUCUUCUUAGAGGAUUUAUUCGUUACCCCAGAAUUUCCUUCAUCAGAUGAAAAUGCAGAUGUCAUUUUUUGGCCAGAAGCUGAAAUGGUUAGUGAAAAUCCUCCUACUUCAGAAGGAAAUGUGGAGUUCAAUGAUGAGGACCUGGAAAAAUGGAUACAGGAGUUAGCUGAAGGGGAUUAUGUAAUGGAAUUAAGGCUGUGAAUGGUGCUGCUGUUAGAGGUUAAAAGAAGCUGAUAUUUUUUUGAUGGGAUAAAAGAAGCUGAAUUAUGAAAUGCUGUGGUUGUUUUUUUUCUGGGGUACUUUUGAAUUGUUGGAUUUUAUUUGAUUUGCGAAAACUGAGAAUAAAUAAUAAUAAAUGAAUAAAUAAACAAUAAUAUUAAAAUGA